AUGUGCACUCUUCACGAUAACAUCCAGGCCUGGCUUUUGAAUCUACCCAAGGAUCACGAAAUACCCUUCAACGCGUCUCCGACGACAACCCGCAAGCGCAAGCGACUAACCAGCCAUGCCCUCACCCCUCCGGGCUCCGACGACGAACAAGGGCAUGCGACGAUCAUGACUGAUCAAAGCGGAGGAGGGCCUCUCACGCCGCAAAAGCGCCAGCGUCUCAUACCUGCCGGCGGAUACCAAUUCAACCCCGAAGACAAUACCGAAACCCCUCGUGCGGUGCGACCAGGCGAUUCCGUCUCCUGCGAUGGUAGCAGCGUAUCUCUAAGUGCGGGCAGCGGUGCAUACUCCGUGGCCUCAUCAUCGCGACCUAGUCGCUCCAAGUCGCCCACGAAACGAUUCAGCAUAGCAGAAAUCAGCAAGAACCCGAUCAAGGUCUAUGCGCUAGAUUCCAUAAGGACACUCGAGAACAUCGACGCCAGGCCUGGUGCGGGGAGCCUACGAGAGUCUCUCAGCAUUAUCUCCAGGAUCGCGAAAAGUAGAGGAAUCGUCCCUAACAGCGAUGUGGAUUCAAUUCGAUGUUCCAACCCCGAGAUAGAUCUCGACGACGAUGCUGUUUACGAUGUGAGCGAUAUCCACGUUAAACGAUACGGACCGGUACCUUCGUUCGCGGAGGUGAAUGCUAUUGUCCAGACAUCGCAGUACGGCAUUGCGGAAAAGUUUGACGAGGCCAGCUGGGAUCGUGAAGUGCACUUCCGUGUACUCGCCCUGUCUUUGCGGCGUCCUCUCGCGCCUGCUAGAGAUGGCCUGAUCAAUUUCGCACCUUCAACGACAGCUGCAAUCCACCACAAGCUGAUCAAAGAUAUGCCGCCUCGUAUGGUCGACUUCUGUGUCUUUAUUGAUCCGGAAUCAACAAGUACAGAACACAAGCCUAUUGUCACUGAAGCCAUUGAUCGUAUGCGGCACAUGUCUGGCUACUCGUCCAUCAACCACACGUCUCACUUUCUCUUUCGCAAUAAGCCCAUCUCGUUGAGCAUCGAGUCUAAGCAGCGCGGUUCUAGCCAGGAUGACGCACAUUUGCAGAUCGGGACAUGGCAUGCUGCACAAUGGACUUACCUGGAUCGCCUUGCACAAAUUCAAGGGGCCACAUUACAAGGCUUGGCUUUCCUUCCGGGUCUUAUUGUUCAAGGAGAGGACUGGCAUUUCGUAGCCUCCACGAGAGAGGGAGCCAGUACACUGCUGUGGUCCAAGAAGAACAUAGGCUCGACCACGAACCAUGAAGGAGUUUACCAGGUUGUCCGGGUAAUUCAAUACCUUGCCUGGUGGACGGAGACGGUAUAUUGGCCCUGGUUUUCGUCGAUCAUCCUCGGAGCUUCAGCGAGUGGGCCAUGA